UUUGCAAGGUGCAUAGCUACUUUCAUCGCCGUACCUUUCGUUACCUAGUUGGAGAUCCGAGCGUGGUGGGUUUUAAACGAUUACACGGUUUUUUUUUAAUAUAUAUAAUUUUUACAGAUUUGGAAUAGUUUUAGUUCUGGUUUAAGAAGCGAGUUUUGUUUGCGUUAACUAAUUUUAUAGUGGAAGCCCGCUGAGGAGAGAGAGAGAGAGAGAGAGAGAGCGCACUCUCACUCAGUCAGUGUCACAGCUGCUGUGUUUGUGUUGAUGUUGUGGGCAGCGGUGUCGGUGCCGGGUUACAGUCGCGAUUUAGCAAAGACGCGUGGGAAAAAAAACCCACUGUAUCAAAAAAAUAAUAAUAAAAUGGGCCGGCAGUGGCAUUUUAUUGUCGCAUUAUUUUUCCUCCCCGCGGUGUUCAGUGUGGAUUUCGGCGGAGUGAGAGUGAACCGUCGCGCGCGCUCUGUUCACAUGAUUGUGGAGAGUCAGAUCCGGUCGGAUUUGUCACAUCAGCAUGCCGUGCAGAAGAGAAGCGCUGAAGAUGGAGCGGACACCUGUAAAGGUCUACAGGGAUACACAGCGAAAUUAUCCAACAACACACACAGUAACACAUUUAAUGAUCUCAGUGGAUCAGUGGCUCUGGCCUGGAUAGGAGAUGGAACAGGGGUCGUGCUGGCCUUGACUACCUUUCAGAUUCCCAUUUUCUUGAUGCGAUUUGGCCAGUCCAAACUUUAUAGAAGUGAGGACUACGGAAAGACAUUUCAGGACGUCACAUAUCUUAUUAAUAACACGUUUAUCAGUACUGAGUUUGGGAUUGCCAUUGGCCCUGAGAAUUCUGGGAAGGUGAUCCUUACAGGAGAUGUGUCUGGAAGCAGCGGAUCCAGGAUCUUCCUGUCCACUGACUUUGGGAACAGCUUUGCUCCUUCAGACCUGCCUUUCAACCCUCGCAUGCAGAUUAUGUAUAACCCCCAAAAUCCCAGUGUCCUCGUGGCCAUUAGUGUCAAGAAUGAACUCUGGAUUUCAGAAGAUUUCGCUGUGAACUGGAAGAAACUCUACGAGACUGUGUGUGUGGUGAAAUGGGGAGAAGACAACACACUCUUCUUCUCCACCAACCUGAAUGGAUCCUGCAAUGACCGAGGGGAGCUUGUCCUGAUGAAAUCAGUAGACUAUGGCAAGACGUUUAAGGCAGUUGCUGAAAAGAUUUUUUCCUUUGGGAUUGGUGGCCGUUUCCUGUUCGCCUCAGUCAUGACUGGGACAGGAAUGAUGCGGGCGAUCCAUGUGUCCACAGACCAGGGUAAGGAGUGGAACAUGGCUCAGCUUCCACCUGUAGGCCAUGAACAGUUCUACUCUAUACUGGCAGCCAACGAUGAAAUGGUCUUUAUGCAUGUAGAUGAACCUGGGGACACUGGCUUUGGCACCAUCUAUGUGUCAGACAGUAGGGGCAUGGUGUACUCCAAAUCUCUGGAACGCCACCUCUACACGGCUACAGGCGGUGACAACGACUUCACAAACGUCACGUCACUCAGAGGAGUGUUCAUGACUAGUGUACUAGCUGAAGACAGCUCUGUGCAGACGGUGGUGACGUUUGAUCAGGGAGGAGAGUGGGUGCCCUUGAAGAAACCAGAGAACAGCCAAUGUGAUUCCACAGCUAAAGAUAAAAAUAAGUGUAGUCUUCACAUUCAUGCUUCUUAUAGUAUCUCCAUGAAGCUUAAUGUUCCACUGCUGCCUCUGACUGAGCCUAAUGCUCUAGGACUGAUAAUUGCUCAUGGCAGUGUAGGCGAUGCCAUGUCGCUGUUGACUCCCGAUGUAUUUGUGUCUGAUGAUGGUGGCUACACAUGGCUGCGCGCACUUAAGGGCCCGCAUCACUACGCCAUCCUGGAUUCAGGAGGCCUGCUGGUAGCUGUUGAGCACAGCAUUAGCGUGCCAGUUUCUCAGAUCAAAUUUUCCACAGAUGAGGGUCAAUGCUGGCAUGUCUACAACUUCACCAAGGAGCCGAUAUACUUCACUGGGCUCGCCUCGGAGCCAGGCGCUCACUCCAUGAACGUUAGCCUUUGGGGCUACAGAGAUUCUCUGCUAAGCCAGUACUGGGUCUCAGUCACCAUCGACUUCAAAGAGCUGCUCACUCGUGACUGUGUUGAUAACGACUACGUGCAGUGGCUGGCACAUUCAGAUGACCUCAGUGAUCCUAACGAUGGCUGCAUGCUGGGUUAUAAGGAGCGUUUUCUGCGGCUCAAGAAGGACUCGGUGUGUUGGAAUGGACGUGAUUAUGUUGUCACCAAGGAGCCCACACCUUGUCCUUGCACGCUAGAUGACUUCCUUUGUGACUUUGGAUAUUACCGUAAAGAGAACAGCUCUGAGUGUUUGGAGCAGAUUGAGCUCAAAGGCCAGGAUCUGGAAUUCUGCAUCCAUGGCAAGAAGGAACACCUACAGACCAAUGGGUAUCGGAAGAUUCCAGGAGAUAAAUGUGAAGGUGGCGUAAACCCUGAGCGAAAAGUGAUCGAUAUGAGUAAAAAGUGUGUCAGCGAUCUUUUGGAUCCACAGCUGCAGACUCAGGACGCAGUGAAGCCCAAACACUCUGCCCUUAUUAUCGUGGUGGUCAUCGCCAUCCUGCUGAUCAGUUGUGUAACUGGGGUUUUUCUUGUGAAGAAGUACAUCUGUGGUGGAAGAUUCCUGGUGCACAGGUACUCGGUCCUGCAGCACAAUGCCGAGGUUAACGGCAUAGAGGGAGUGGACGAGCCUUUGGAUACGAAUGUGGCCGGACACCCCAAGACCAGCUUUCAUGAGGACUCGGAUGAGGACCUUCUGGAAUAACAGCAACGAGUCAGCGCCAGCAGAAAGUGUGAGCUCUGUCUCCUUUAAUGCCACAGGCACCUUUGCUGUUAUUUCUAUUCCUGCUCUAAAGCACAACCCAGCCUCAAGCGUCUUCAGGCCUUGAAUAACUCCGCUAUAGUUCCUGCUUCUUUAGUAGGAGUGAAUUGCAGUUUUGCUAUAAAAACAUCUCAUGAACUUAGCUGUGCAGCCAGUGGUUAAAUGACUUGAGUUUAAAUAAUAUCUUGCCCUAGGGAGCAGGCUCUAUAGGAGGACACUAUCUCAGAAUUAACAGUGGGGCACUCGUCACUUGCCAUAACUCUUCUACAGAAUGCUUCACCUUCUUUAGUAAUAAAUACAGUUCAGAAUAAGUGUGACUGAAUGUAAUGUAUGACGUUAGUCCAGGGAUAAGUCAAUCCUAUUGCCUCAAUAUUUGACAGAAGCAUGAAAUGACUGUGAUGGAUAUAUUUUUGAUAUUAGAUGUAUUUUCCCCGUCUCUGUUAUUUGAAAAUACGAUCCGAUAAAAAUAGGUUUAUCAGAAAGCAAUAAAAUGCGUAGAUACAGUGCAUCUGCAUGUAUCGGCAUACUCCUAGGCCAUACUUUUUCUCAGUUUCUCAAAAAUGGAGAAAGGACUUUAGUUUACCUAAAAUAAUGCUACUGUGUAGACGGUUAUUAUAAAACUCCUUCUAGCUGUAUAGUCAUUUAGAAGGUUAACUUAUUUUACCCACUGGAAGGGAAAAAUUUAAACGUGUAAAGAAACGGUGUGGUUUUAUCUAAUAAGUAUAUUGUACAUGUCCUGAGAGAAAUUUGUAGUUGACUGUUUUGUGGAAGAGUUUUCUGACGUGUUGCGAUGCAGUUUUUUUUUUGCACUGUGAAAUACAAAACUAACACAAAGCCAACGGCUACUUUCAUAAAAUAUCAAGUUAUGAGCACAACCGUGACAUUCCAAAGCCCUACUUGCAGACAGACAUGAGUCAUAUCAGGGUAAAUGUGAAGGAAACAUAGUUACACUUAAAAGUAGCACAAUGUCUGACUUUCCCACAUUUUGAGUUUGUAUGCUCAGGUGAAAACGACCAGUAAUUCCAAAAAGUUGAGCAAUACCUUGUCAUGAUUAGUUGACUCGGACAUGAGCUCAGCGAUUGCAGACCUGCCCCAUUGUGUUUAACUGAGAACGAGGAAAGAUUUCCCUUUCCUGUAAGCAACCCAGGCUGGAGCUUUCACAAUCUUUUAAGUUUGACUAUUCAAAUCAGUAGAAUCUGCGAUGCCUUUUGAGAUCCUGUGUUUUUUGGGGUUUUUUCAGACUAUUUUAUUCGCCAUUUGGGAGUUUUAGCUUCUUAUGAGAUCCUCAGUGUAACAAAAACCUUCCAUCACCUGCCUAUUUUUAGUGACCCUGUGGAACAGUGGCAGAAAUACUCUGUAAAGUAAUGCUUUGUAGUUAGUUCUUCUCGUUAGUGUUUACAAAAGCUCAAAGAUGACUCCAGUAUCCUCUUAUAUAUGACCAUUAACUUUCAGCGAGACAGAUUUUAUUAAGUAAUAAUGGUGUGUAUGUUCAUUCAAGUGCCUAACGUGAAGGUAUGUGUGCCUUCAGAAAGAACCAUUAUGCCCAUCUUGUUAAAUCAUUCAAAGUUAGGAGGCCGAUUUGUUGUAUUUUUUUUUU